AUGGGGCUGGAUACUAGCGAGUCUCAACCCACGUUUCAACACACUUGGCGCAUUCGAUGCAUAUUUGCAGUGCUCUGUAUAUUCUCCUUCCUUGGAGCGCUGGACAGUACCAUUAUAACCACCUCCCUCCUAACCAUUAUUCGGCAAAUCGGCGGAGAGGAACAGCUCUAUGUAUGGGUUGCACAUAGCUUUCUCUUCGCCUCAACAGCACCACAACCUAUCUUUGGUCAGAUCGCCGACAUUUUCGGGCGUCGAUAUCCGUUCUUGGUGUGUAUUACUUGCUUUGCCCUCGGAAGUGGCAUUUCAGGAGGCGCCGGUAGUGCAGCGAUGCUCAUUGCUGGUCGUACGGUUCAGGGCUUGGGCACAGCAGGCCUAUUUGUCCUCUCGGAUAUCAUCAUCUGUGACAUCGUACCGCCAAGGUAUCGAGGACCAUACCUAAGCGCUGUUCUGUCUACUGCAGGGAUAGGAUCUACCAUCGGUCCAUCUAUCGGCGGUGCCCUGGCAGAGUCAAGCUGGCGCUGGAUCUUUUAUAUGAAUCUCCCCAUUUGCGGUGUUGGAUUCCUCGGGACUCUGUUAUUGAUGAACAUCGAAGAACACAGGCCACGACACAUCACACUUCGACAAGUGGACUUUUUCGGGAUGUCGCUAUUCGUCGUCUCGAUGAUUGCUUUGUUCUACGGCCUCAUUACUGGUGGUAUCCAACACCCGUGGUCAUCGUGGCGAGUCAUUUUGCCACUCGUGCUAGGUACAUGUGGCUGGAUAGCAUUCCACGUCUUUGAAGCAAGCCGGUUCUGUGGUAUCCCGAGCGCGCCGCCCCGACUCUUUCUUACCCGUACCUCUGUCGCUGGAUUCUUGAUGGUAUUUUUCAGCUCCGUUGUCUUUCAAGCAAUCGCGUACUUUUUGCCGUUGUAUUUCCAGGCAGUCAGACUUGCCUCACCACUCGACUCGGGCGUAUACUUCCUGCCUUUCGCACUGUCCUUCAUUGUUUUUGCAGGGUUCGCUGGCUGGUGUCUCUCGAAAUGGGGAUACUAUGUUCCUCUCCACUAUGCUGGAUUCGGACUGCUGGCUAUCGGGAUGGGCCUCUUCUCUACGCUGACCCAGAGUUCGUCAACUGGAUACUGGGUAGGGCUUCAGUUACUUCCAUCUGCUGGUAUAGCCUUUAUCUUCACAGCAACACUGCCGAGUACCUUAGCUGCCCUUCCAGAAAAGGAUGUCGCUGUUGCAACAGCAAUGUACUCGUUCAUCAGAGCAUUCGGUCUCGUAUGGGGGGUCACCCUCUCAGGGGUCGUAUUUAAUGGACAAUUCGACGCAAAUAUCGGGCUGAUCAGUGCUGACAACAUCAGAACUCUGCUCAAGGGAGGUGCGGCGUACUCUUUCGGAGCAACUAGUGAUCCGAACGCUGGAAUCAGAGCGCUGGACGGCGCGAUUCAGGGUCAAGUGCAGGAGGUUUACGUUAAAGCUCUUCGCGUUGUCUGGUUGGUCAUAAUGUCGAUGGCACUUCUGGGUUUCGUGUGUGUUCCGAUAGAGAGACAGCUUGAACUACGGACAGAAUCUGAACCAACAACGUCAUCAGAUACGGCAGACUAA